GGCUGAAUGAGGGAAGGGGCGGGCACAUACUACAGAUUCAGAGCGAUGAUUGGCUUAUGCUGUUUCCGCACAGUUCUCCGCUGUACUACAGUACGAAGAAGUAAACGGAGGAGAUAACAGGCUAAGAGGCUGCAGAGUUUCCUUUUCGGGAAAAUAUCUACAGUUUAAGUGAAGAUUGUACACCUUCCCUCUGAUUUAAGGUAGGUAAACUCACAGUCUGUCUCCCGAUGUGACAGUUUGUUGGCUAAAUUUACUGUAAAGAUUCACUGACGUAGAAAAAAAGAGAGUAGAUGAAGUUCGUUCCUAUAGAUUUGACAAUAUAAAACAAAAUAUGGAACAUUUGUGCUCAGUGUGGGUCUUUAUCUUACUCUCAUAUAUAUAUAUAUAUAUAUAUAUAUAUAUAUAUAUAUUGACUGAAUCGAUCAGCAGUUAUUUCGGCCUGUAUGUAACUUUGUAACAGUGGCUGAGGUUAUCUGUCACCGCCCACCUCCUCUAUCACCUGCCCACCUGAACCAAACGGUCUCACCUGACAGCAGGUGAGCCACACUGAAGCCGAACUCACCAUUCAGCUGUUAACUUCGUUAUACUUUGUCUUUUUUUCUUAAUAAACUUGAUAUUUUAGAAAUAGAGAGGAGAAUUCCGGAAGAGAUCAGAUUUGUGGAUGGAGUUUGGUUAAAGAAAACUUCAGAUUUCUGUUAAAGACCAUUUAAGCAGACAGAUGCUGGAGGCAGAAGAGUAAUAUAACCUCUGAGGAUUUUCCACCCCUGCACAGUAAUAAGGCCCAUUAUAUUUAUAUUUGAUUACUAUAUAAAACACUCUUUAACCCUCUGCUUCACCUUUGGAUGAAGCUGCUGCAUUCUUCUCAUGUUUCUAAGAUCACAAGGUGACGAGAGUGUUGUGAUAAAACUUGACUGAUUGCAUUAGGAAGUCUUAGAGGUUGCAACCGGAUUGCCAAAGGGAACGUCCAAAAGGAGAAGGAAAACAUAAUGCAACAGGGAGUUGCAACAUCAGCACUUUGAAAUAUUGUUGUGCUGAGAAAUAGAUAAAAUAGCAGAGGUUAAAUUGCUGCAAAUAAUAUUUCGUUGAAAUGUCUGAAAAAUACUGCUGGAUGGGAAAACUCAUUUUAACCCAGAAAUGUCUGACAACAUUCAACCCAGCCAAAUAUUUUCCUGUCUACAUCGAUGAAAGUGAAAUAAACUCAUUUACCUUGUCAUAUUUUUGUGUUUAUAUUUUUUAACUCUAUUGCUGUUAUCUUGUUUCAUGCUGCUGUUCUUACUUUGUAAACUGACCUUGAGUAUUUAGAAAGGCACUAUAAAUAAAAUAUAUUAUAAUUAUUAUUAUUAUAAAGUGUUGAUUCACCAUUAUGUCAUCAUACACCAGCUAUGAGCCGACCCGUUUUCUUAUCAUCACUGUUGUUCAUUGAAAAAGCUGUAACUGUAACAUGACAAUCGGAGUCUCAUCAUCACUGAAUGAAGCUACUCUUACUCACCAGAAGAUGGCGCAGUGGCACCAGCUUCAGAUGCUGGACUGCAAGUACCUGGAGCAGGUGGACCAGCUGUACGACGACUCGUUCCCCAUGGACAUCAGACAGUACCUGAGCAGGUGGAUCGAGAGCAUCGACUGGUGAGGAGACGAACAUGGACUGAUGUUAUUUAGGAGGCCGUUGCGCCUGUUUUCGUUCAACCAGGUGAAUUUCUCUGUUGAAAAUGUUUGUCGUCCUGUGUGCUCUACCUCCUCAGGGACACGGUGGCGUUCCAGGACUCUCUGGCCACCGUUCGGUUCCACGACCUCCUGGCUCAGCUGGACGACCAACACAGCCGCUUCGCCUUGGAGAACAACUUCCUGCUGCAACACAACAUCCGCAAGAUAAAGAGAAACCUGCAGGUCAGACGGACUUUAUUCUUCUUGAUUGUCAGCAGUUGCAUGGUUUUACUCAAGAAUCUAAAUGGAGAGAUUGUCCCUCCAGGACCGUUUCCAGGAAGAUCCAGUCCACAUGGCCAUGAUCAUCUCCAGAAACCUGAAGGAGGAGCAGAAGAUCCUGGCCAAUGCAAAGAGCGCUGAGGUAAAAUCUUUGGUUCAGCAGGUUGUCAAAACGAGCGUUAGAGUCCAUACUUGGUCAGGUUUUAUGUCGACUACAGUCCGAUGAGAGUGUUAUCUUCCUGUCUGCAGCCCGACAGUGAGGGGAUGGUGUCCGCCAUGGUGGUGGAGAAACAGAAACUGGACAACAAAGUGAAGGAGAUGAAAGACAGAGUUCAGGUAUGACGCACCUGAGGAUCUAAGGCGUCAAGUUUUAGCCUGACAAUAUCACACUGAUUAAAUAUCACUGAUCAGUCAAGGUUUCCUCUGAAAUCUCUCUUGUAGGUCGCGGAUCAGAACAUUAAGAAUCUUGAAGAUCUGCAGGACGAUUAUGACUUCAAAUUCAACACGCUGAAGAACAGAGGUGUGAAAAAAGUCUGUGGAUGUGGGGUGACAGUCUAAGAACAUCUCAUAAAUGAACCUGAGCUGCAGGACUCAGCAGACCGUUUAUGAAAGAUGGCAGAAAAAGUAAAACUCUGAUUUAAAUUUGGUGUUUUUUUUGAUUCUUGCAGAGAAUGAAAUGAACGGCAUGACGGCGAAGGAGCUGGAAAAAGAGAAGAUGGUGGUGGGGAGGAUGUGUUUCGACCUGAAAGCCAAACGACAGGUGAGCAGACUGAGACAGGGUGAAAAAACAUGUCAAGUUAAUUUUCUUCAUCUUCUGAUGUCUCCUCUCCUCCCUCCUCUUCCACCUUCCCUCCAUCUCUUGUGUCUUCCUCAGGACGUGGUGACCCAGCUGACGGACCUGCUGAACGUCGCUCAGGCGCUGCUGUCAGACCUGAUCUCCGAGGAGCUGCCGGAGUGGAAGCAGCGGCAGCAGAUCGCCUGUAUUGGCGGGCCGCCCAACGCCUGUGUGGACCAGCUUCAGAACUGGUGACACUUCCUGUUUGUCUCAAUGAGAAACCAUACAACAGAGAAACACACGCCACAACCUUCGCCUCCUUCUCCUCAUGUUUCCGAACUUUCUUUUUCCUCCUUCACCUCCCUGAACUCCUCCUCUGUAGGUUCACAGCGGUUGCAGAGAGUCUGCAGCAGAUCCGUCAGCACCUCAACAAGCUUCAGGAGCUGGAGCAGAAGUUCACCUACGACAACGACCCCAUCACACAGAAGAAAGCUUUCCUGGAGGCCCGGGCCCUGGAACUCCUGAAGAACCUCCUGUCCAAGUACAAACACCUCUCAUACCUCAGUUACAGAUCACGUCAUCACUGAUCAUCGCUCUGAAAUGACAACUUAAUUAACUUUUCCUUACGCCCUCUUCUCUGUCCUCCUUCAGCUCCUCAACCUUGUGUUUGCAUGUGUUUUUGUGUAGCUCUCUUGUUGUGGAGAGGCAGCCCUGCAUGCCCACUCACCCACAGAGACCCCUGGUGCUGAAAACAGGCGUCCAGUUUACCGUGAAACUCCGGUAAGAAACAAAACAAAACAAACAUUUCUGGUUAGAGAAAAGAGGUUCAUUUACUCCCCAAACUUUGAGGGCCCUUUGAACCAAAGUAUCGUCUGUGCAGGUUUCUGGUGAAGCUGCAGGAGUUUAACUACCAGCUCAAAGUCAAGGCUUUGUUUGACAAGUAAGCUCUCAAGUUCUCUCCUCUGCUGAUACCUGACUGUAUCUUUACCAAGUUCUGAAAUUCAUCCUAACAUGAAUCAUCUUCUUCUCCUCCUCCUCAGAGAUGUGACAGAGAAGAAAGGGUGAGUCUGAAUGAAUCGAUCUGUUUAUAAAUGCUGAACGAUGAUGAUUGCUGUUGACACUGAACCUGAUGUUUCUCUCUGAUAUCAGGUUCAGGAAGUUCAACAUUUUGGGGACAAACACCAAAGUGAUGAACAUGGAGGAGUCGAACGGCAGCCUGGCAGCAGAGUUUAGACAUCUGGUGAGAUUAUGAUUUUGACUCCAAAAGGAUGAAAAUAUGAACUAAACCAACUUCAGCCUUACUGGGAAAGAAUCUGCAGUUUUGUGUAAAAUGUUUCUCCGGUGUUUUCCACACAGCAACUGAAGGAGCAGAAAGUUGCUGGUAACCGGACAAACGAGGUGAGAGCAUUCCUGGUUUCUCUGAGACGGACAGACUCUGGUGUUGACGUGUUGUUAAGUUCCUUAGUGUCUUCAAAGACGUGUGUGUGACCUGACAGUGUGUGGUUUUUAGGGCCCUCUGAUCGUCACUGAGGAGCUUCACUCGCUCAGCUUCGAGUCGGAGCUGCAGCUCAACCAGUCGGGACUCAACAUCAAACUGGAGGUGAUACUGGGACACACAAACAUGAUUAAAGCCGAGGAAUCAGACGACUUGGAUCAUCUCCAGUUGUUGCUCAUAAGUUGUUGUUGUUGUUGUUGUUGUUGUUGUAGGCCAUGUCUCUGCCAGUUGUGGUCAUCUCUAACGUCUGUCAGCUGCCCAGCGGCUGGGCCUCCAUCCUCUGGUACAACAUGCUGACCACAGAGCCAAAGGUACACCACCAGGACGCUCUGAUCAUUGUCCAUAGUUGCUCACAGAACCAAGUGUCUUAAUGUUUUUCCUGUUGCCUUCCUCAGAACCUGAAGUUCUUCCUCAGCCCUCCAGCAGCAAAGUGGUCCCAGCUGUCUGAGGUCCUCAGCUGGCAGUUCUCCUCCAUCACCAAGAGGGGCCUGAACCAGGAGCAGCUCAACAUGCUGGCCGACAAGCUGCUCGGUAGGAGUAGCAAGAGGGUUUAUUUCGAGACUGUUCCACCUGUGAAACCUGCAGGUCUUUAAAUGUGAUUAAGAAUCUGAAUGUUUUAUCUGCAGGAGCCAAAGCUCAGAGGAACCCAGAGGGUCUGAUCCCCUGGACCAAGUUCUGCAAGGUGAGUCAGCCUGUUGUAUUAAACCUGACAGGCGUUUGCAGAAAUGUCCAACUUUUCUUCUUUGAUCAAAUCUUGUCGUCUGUCAGCAGAGCGCCAACGAGAAAGCGUUCCCCUUCUGGUUGUGGAUCGAAGGAAUCCUGGACGUGAUAAAACGUCACCUGCUGUCUCUCUGGAAUGACGGGUAGGUGCUGCUGCGUUUGAGUGAUCGUCUCUGAGCGGUGCGGAGUGGAUUUGUGAUUGUUUUUCUGUGUGUGUGUGCAGCUGCAUCAUGGGCUUCAUCAGUAAGGAGAGGGAGAAGGCUCUGCUGAGCGACAAGUGUCCCGGGACCUUCCUGCUCAGGUUCAGUGAGAGCAGCAGAGAGGGGGCCAUCACCUUCACCUGGAUCGAAUACGACGUCCACAGUGAGUGAAGAAGGAAGAGACCGGUUCUCUUGUUGUGGUUUCCUUCAUACGACUGUGAUUUGAACUAUUUCCUGUCUCUGCAUCGACACAGACAAGCCGCUCUACCACUCAGUGGAGCCGUACACGAGGAAGGAGCUGUCCGCCGUCUCUCUGCCCGACAUCAUUCGCACAUACAAGGUGAUGGCCGCCGAGAACAUCCCAGAGAACCCGCUCAGGUUCCUCUAUCCCAACAUCCCCAAAGACAAAGCCUUCGGGAAGUACUAUCCCAAACCCACCGAGGGUAAGUCACACAGCUAAUUUGAAUAUUGACAUUUUCUUACCAGACUUCAGGUUUUCGAAGUGAAGUCAGUGAGUGUUUUUGACUUGCAGCCGCCGAGCCCAUGGAUGUGGAGAACAAUCCAGAGAGGAGGGGCUACAUGAAGACGGAGCUGAUUUCUGUCUCUGAAGUGUAAGAGAGCUGAACUGACGGUUCUUGUGUGAUAGAUUUCAUUGAUUUGAGAUUGAACUGGGUUAACGUGGGUUUCUCGCUGGUCCAGACAUCCGUCCAGACUGCAGGACAACAUGCUGCCGAUGUCUCCUGAUGAGUACAAGGUUUUGUCGCAGUAUGUCAGUCCCAGAGACAUUGACGCCGUGGUGAGUCCUGUGGUCUUUGUCACACCACGUAACAAACUGCUUCUGUGUCCAAAGUCUGCACCUUUUCAUGAGGGUUUAAAGGGUUUCAGCUGAAUCUCUGUUUGUGUGUCUGUGUUUGUCUUCUCGCUCUGCUCAGACCAACAAUCUGAUUUCUGGAUUUGAGGAUUUUGACGUUCAGGUAGACGCAGUUUUGAUCUGUUGCUCUACCCUGAGUCGAGUGUCACAUCUGCUCUGUUUUAGCAUCAUUUUCUCUUUUAGUACUAGAGCACGUCCCCUCCCUGUGAAAUACAAAUGCAAAUUUGAAAUACUGAAGGUCACAGAGAACAAUUAGCUUUUGUUUUGCACAGUUUGACCAAAUGAAAAGAUCGUGAUUAAAUACUGAAUCGUGUAAAAGCCAGAAUUUGUUGUCUGGUUGUAGAGCUGCAUGCGAAGCUUUUCUUCUUGUCUUUUUCCUCCCAGUUCUUGUUUUUAUCCUCAUAAUGAACAAAAACACCAGAAUAACUUCUCUCCUUUCCCUUCUUCCUUUUGCAGAUGAGUGCAGAUCUAGAGUAAGACCAGGAGCGACGUCUGAGGAGUGUUUUUCGAUUGACUCAAGUUUCCUCUUGUACUUUCUUUUGGGAUCUUUGUUUCUUCAGCGGUCAUUGCACCUCUGUUGGUUACUCUUAUCUGCUUUUAACAGCGUGGUAAAGACCCUCACAGCCUCUAAGUUUGGUACAGUAACCAUCUAGAAAGAUUUGAAAGCACUAGAAGUUCAGGAAACUUCUCCGGUGAAAAUGCAGAAAACUGUCGUCCAGUAUUGUUACGAGCAGAGACACCCGGCAGUGUUGACGGUUUUUCUCUCCUGAUAGGGGAAGAAUGAUGAAAUGUGAUCGGUUUAGUCCAGGUGAGGCUUACACACUCUUUUUUUAUAUAAUUUGUACAUAUAUAUUUUUUAGAGUAGGAAGACAAAAUGUGAAUCAGCAUGGCUAUUUAUAGCAGCGACACCGUGAAAACACAAUGAUUUAUAGGACAUCAUAUUCUCAAAACCUAAGUUUCUCUUUCCUCCGCCAGAAAAAUCAGUCAGAGCUUUUAAAUUCAGGAAACUCCGUCCUGAUGGAUGUUUUUCAGAGAGCAGGCUACAGGAAUUAAAUGACUUUGUGACUGUUGGUGGCUUGGCUCUUAUUCACUAAAAUGUUCUGCUGAUUUUGAAGAUUAAAUAAAGAUUUUAUGUCCAGACUGUGUAUCCUUACUCACCUCAAUAGAGUUUCUUAAGGAUGUGUCACUUUCUAAAGGCUUCCCUCAACCUCAGCUCAGCUUUUCGGCUCGUACUUCUUCCUCACACACUUGAUUCUUUGUAAAGUACAUAAAAAUAAAAAGUUAGAGGAGUUACAAAAGCAGACAUCCACUUGGUUUGAUAACUUUUAUUAAAUGUUUGAUCUGUGAAUAAAUAUCUGAGCUGCCUGCGACACUUGGCAGCAGAAAUAUACAUGAAGAAGAAGAAACCGAACAACACCAAACACGUUACAUUCAGAAUACUUCAGUCGCGGCUGCACACAGAGAUCACUUCAUAUCACAGACGACAGCAGAAAGAGCGGAGCUGCAGGUCAGGGUCAGAGUUCAGUCUGGUAUUGCUGAUUUUAUAGUACAAUCAUAACAUUUCUAUUGCUAAUUGUCUCUUUGCAGCUUUUAGGUUCUUUUUGUGCUUCUCUUUGAUUCUGGUUAACUUUUAAAUAAUGUCAAUUAAACGCAGAGAACUGAUCCAACCAGAGGUGAAACUGUUACUCAUUUAUUUAUACUACUGUGGAUUGUUCUUAUCAGUGUUGAAUGCCUGCUUCACUUUGUAAAGAAACAACAUCUACACUGCAAACACUACAGAUACAAGAAACCUCUGGAAAACAUUUGCACGGGUUUUCAAGUAAGACUUCUGCACAAAACAAUCUGCAUUAGAAAGCUCCUAAAAAGCUGUUGUCCCGUCUGAGUGCUCUGCAGGAACACGUGUGAACAUAUAAACCAUCAGAAUUCAUCUGGUACAUUACAGAGUCGACACAUUUCUGCUCGAGAAGCUCCGACUUUCAGAAAAACAUGAUAAAACGGUAGUUUGGUGAAUUUAAGUGUUAAAAAAAGAAAGGCUGCACUCAACAGAGAAAAAAAACACACCAGUCUCCUGAAUCAGAAAUGUUCAAUUAUCGUUCAUUUGGAACGAAAAAAAGCUUUCUAACUAGGAGCAAACAACCAAUCCAGGGAAGCAUCGCUGCAGGAAACAGAUAAUCACAAAUUUAUGGUUUCUCUUUGUGAGAUUUUAGGACAUAUUUUAAGGCAAAUUCAGUAGAUUCAGUAGCUGCGUUCCCACGGGCACAAAUAAUCGGAAUAAAUGCCCGAUCGGUAUAAAAAUGCGUCAUGUAAACAUGUCGAUCGGAAGAUUCUGAUCCAAUUCGGCUUAAUCGGGAAGAAAUUGUAUUCCAAUCAAGAGGGGUGGUUUAUGCCGAUCGUUAUUCCGAAAUGCGUUCAUGUAAACACUCAUUCCGAUCGUGACUCUCUUACCUGACUCGGUCUUCACUCUUUAGCCUUAGGCUUACUUACUGAGGUCAGUACAGGAGGUUUCAUUAUUUACACUCUGGUAUAAAACACAACCGCAGGUGCCGCGUCUGCUCUUCCGGUAACACAACAAGACGUACAUACAGCGUAAUGAUGUCACAUCUGCACGCACAACCUUUAAGAGAACAACCUUUAACAGAAUGGUAAAAUAAGUGCGCAAGGGCGCCAUCUAGUGACAAUAUUUAACAGAGGGAAAAUCCUGAACUGGAUGGAGUGAGCCACUACCGUUUUUGUUGGUUUGUUGACAGCACAGGCGUAAAUACAACUCCUCUUCUGCGGUUGUUUUAGCGAAAUCAGACAACUCUGCGCAUGUCCAAAUGCUUCAAAUCGGAAUAAAUCUCGGUGCAUGUAUACGCACGUCAUGAUCGGAUUAUUUAAUUUUGCACCCAUGUAAACAGUAGAUUCAGAUAACCCGAUCCCACAAAUUGAACUUGGCUGCUGAGGAGUAUUCUGCUUUUAAAAGGUGUUUGGUGCUCCUGUACUCAUGUCUACAACAAUCAGUCAGUUGCUGGUUGCAGCUGUUUAAAUUCAGCUUCUUGAGGUUUAAUCAGUUUUUCUCUCAUGUCCACUGAAAAUGUUUGGACUUCCAAUGAAACAGAAAUAAGAAUUCAAGGGUUUCAAUGAUGCUGAGUGGGUGUACAGCAGCUGAUGCCUCUUUUUUUCUGGAGUUGAGUGCAGUCGUUAGUGAGCUCUCAUGUCUUAAGCUUGGAUCUAAAUGUGAGAACAAAAAGUAUAAAACAAACUUACAGUGCUGGCAGUGUCACAUCUGAUAUCUAUGAACUCUUUCAGUCGGUCAGGAGACGACACACACACACACACACGAGCUGAACUUUGGCUGACGUGCUUACAUUAUUUCCCUACAGUACAAAAAUCAAAUACCAAAUAUUUCAGUGUAAAAUCAAAAUCCAGUUUUAAGGGUAAAAACAAGAAAACAGCCAUCAGGUACCAAACAGAAGAAAGCUUUUGAAAGGCUGAAUAUUAAACAAAUUAGUGAUGUUUAAAAAAAAAAGUUAAAGUCUUCAGAGUUUGAGUGAAGUCUUCCUCACACACCUCCUGAUCCAAAUCCACCCGACAAACAACUACAACUAUACACACCUGUACGUAUUUACACCAAUAAACCCUCACACACCUGCCACACACACAUUCACACACUACACGACUGUACAGUUUAUCUUAAAUAGAUAAAUAAAUAUCGCACACACACACACACACACGGAGUGUUUGGGGGAAGAUACAUUCCACCAUGUUGUGAUAACGAAUCGACUAAAAAUGAUAACCUGCGACUUCCUUUUUUCUCAGCUUUCCAGAAUAAAAACAAUAUCAAAGUCAACAACGGGGUCUUCGAACUCACCAGCCUCAGCCAAAUUUACCCAGCAUUCAACUGUCGGCUGAUCGCUUCCUACAGAGCUCCACAGCUGAUGACCGAACACAGAGGGAGAAAUAAAACAAAGUACAUACAGUCAUAUUGUACAAAAACCUACAACAUCUAACAACAUGAUGAGGAGCUUUUACGCUGGAGGGGUGUGUGUUUAAGAGGACUGUCAUCUAACUUGUUUCUGGAGUUUUUUUUUGUUUUUUUUUAAAGAUAAUUGUCAUGAUCCUAACGGUUUCCUACGUGUGGAUGUUUCAGAGAAUUUCCUGUCAAACCCUCGUCUCCUUUUCUCUCUCUCUCUCUCUCUCUCUCACAGCAUCCCGUCCAGGUUCUGCUCCGCGUUCUGCUUGUCGGUGGCGGUGUCCUGCGGGCUGUACUGAGUGUGAUAAUCUCGGAGGAUCGUCACCACGUCAUGGUGGCCGAAAUGAACCGCCUCAUCCAUCGGUGUGUUUCCCCACCUGCAGCAGUCAGAGCAACAUUUAACCCACAGAGACAU